AUGUAUAUAUCUAUUUAUACAUAUAUAUUUUUCUUUCUUUUUAUCUAUCUUUUUUAUCUAUCUAUACAAAUAUAUAUUUCUUUCUUUUCAUCUAUUUCUUUAUCUUUUUAUCUAUAUAUUUUUUCUUUCUUUUUAUCUAUCUUUCUUUCUUUUCUCAUCUAUCUAUCUAUCUAUCUAUCUAUCUAUCUUUCUUUGUUUCUGUUCUCAUCUAUCUAUCUAUCUAUCUAUCUAUCUAUCUAUCUAUCUAUCUAUCUAUCUAUCACAGUUGCGAUAGAUCUGUGGCCGAGUGUGUUCAUUCUCUUCCUAUCUAUCUAUCUAUCUAUCUAUCCGUUCUCAUUCUAUCUAUCUAUCUAUGUUUCUUUUCUCAUCUAUCUAUCUAUCUAUCUAUCUAUCCAUCCAUCCAUCUAUCUUUCCUUUCAUUCUAUCUAUCUAUCUAUGUUUCUUUCUUAUCUAUCUAUCUAUCUAUCUAUCUAUCUAUCUAUCUAUCUAUCUAUCUAUAAUUCUUUCUUUUCUCAUCUAUCUAUCUAUCUAUCUAUCUAUCUAUCUAUCUAUCUAUCUUUUCUCAUCUAUCUAUCUAUCUAUCUAUCUAUCUAUCUAUCUAUCACAGUUGAUAUAGAUGUGUGGCCGAGGUUUCAGAUAGUUGAUGAUACAUGA